UGGGACUCGUUAUCCUUCCUAGUUCCAUAAGGGAGGGCUCCGGCAUCAAAUCGACGCCAUUAUUGAAGCAGGGUGAUCGCGACGGAAGGUUUGUCCGGAUGAAAGGCGGCCAUGGUGCUCUGGAGGUAGCCAAGACGGCCAUGGAGGUUGCAGACGUGGCCUGGACAGCGAUUGAGUGUUACAAUCACCAUAAACCCGGCGAUGAUGCCACCAAGCGCACUCCUACAGAGGAAGAAAACCUCGACGCUCUGCGAUCGGAGAAUCGGAGAUUGAGGAAGUUGCUCGAACAAAAUCUCAACCUCCUUCAGAAGUUAUCUGAAUCGCACUGUCUGUUGAAUGAUUGCCCUCCCGAUCUGUAUGCUCGUCUCGUUGCGACAGUGGAUUCUGAAAAGUUCUUGAAUGAAAUAAAAUCCCUCAACGAAGCAUCAAAAGAUGGAAUCACCUAUGAAUUUCCUUUCAGGGAAGCUACAGAAGCUGAUUCACACACAGCUGACAUUCUUGUGAAUGUUAGCCGUGAAGCACCCAGUUGGUGGGUAUGGGUUACUGAAGAUAUGGUUCCGAGCAAAGUUGAGGAAUGGAGUGGAAUUGAUGAUGAAAGUUAUGUGAUUGUAUCUGAGGAACAUGUGGUGGAUGCAGUUGCCCACUUUAUGGCUAGAUGUAUAAUGUCAAACCCAAAAACUCGGAAUGUAUCACCUGAGGAGCUGCAGAAAACAAUAGCAAAGGCAUUGGAUAGUAUGGGCGGCAUAAUGGAGAAGAUGUUUGAAAUUUGGCAUGCUGGGUUGCUGUUUUAUUCCUUGGCCACCUGGGGACUUGCACUGGCUGGCUUGUACAAGGGUCGGGCUAUAUUGAAACUGGCUGCCACCGGUGUCCACCAUACAAGCAAAGUGGUGAUGAAGGUGCUCUGAAGAAGCUACUGAUAUUCAACAAACGUAUGAUGUUGUUUGGGGUUCAUUUCCCUUUUCAUUAUUCAUCAAGUGAUUUAAAUAACUGUGCUCAUUUCUAAUGGCAUAGUUGUUUAUUUUUUCUUUUGGUUAUUGGUUCAUAUGGCAUUGUAAAGCUUGUACAGUAGCUUCGUUCCCAGUUC